CUUGAUAUUACUUUUCCAAGUUUUAUAAUAUGCGUUGGACGGUUCAUUUGGAUGGUGGACCACGCAGAGUAAAUCAUGCAGCCGUCUGUGUUGGAGAGUUCAUUUUUUCAUUUGGUGGAUACUGCACAGGUGAUGACUAUCGCUUUAGCGAAUCAAUCGAUGUACACGUCUUAAACACACAGACGUUACGAUGGACUCUAUUACCACAAAGAAGAGAUGAAAACGGCACGGUACUGAAAUAUCCGGAAGUACCAUUUCAGAGAUACGGCCACACUGCAGUUGCUCACAAAGAUAAAAUUUACAUAUGGGGCGGACGCAAUGACGAAAGUCUUUGUAAUGUUCUUUACUGCUUCGAUCCCAAGACUUUGAGCUGGUCAAGGCCACCAGUGACGGGUGCUGUUCCGGGAGCCAGAGAUGGACAUUCGGCGUGUGUCAUUGACAACUGCAUGUAUAUUUUUGGUGGUUUUGUUGAAGAAAUCAAUGAAUUUUCCUGUGAUGUGCACGCCUUGAAUUUCGAUACAAUGGAAUGGCGAUAUAUUCAGACAUUUGGCGUUCCACCAUCUUUCCGUGAUUUCCACACGGCUGAGCAUAUACAUGGCCGUAUGUAUAUUUUUGGUGGACGUGGUGAUAAACAUAGCCCGUAUCAUAGUCAAGAAGAAAUGUAUUGUCCGGAAAUAGUGUAUUUAGAUCUUAAGACAAAAGUGUGGCAUAGACCGUCAACAACGGGAAAAGUUCCUGUUGGUCGAAGAAGUCAUUCAAUGUUUAUAUAUAACAAUUUAAUAUAUGUUUUCGGUGGAUAUAAUGGUCUAUUGGAUCAGCAUUUCAAUGAUUUAUAUACGUUUGAUCCCAAAGCGAAUUGUUGGAAUCUUGUGAAGCCUCAUGGGAAACCACCUACCCCACGUCGUCGACAAGUUGGUAUUGUUAAAGGAUCCCGUUUGUUUCUGUUCGGUGGCACUAGUCCCUAUCCUCAUGCAACGGCUCAAGAACAGGCAUUCCUUAUUGACAAUAACGACACAAAUGUUCUAGACUUCGAACCAACAUUGAAAACUCUAGCAAUACUGGCAGUAGUGGAGCAUCGAAUAGAUACCACAUGGCUGCCCAGAGAAUUAAGACUGGAAAUAAAAGCCAUGACACAGCCAAAUUCCAUUAGCCGACCCAUUAAUCAUGCUGGUUGAAC